GCGUCUCUCAAAAGAGUGAAGACAGGUUCUGUAAAUUAAUAUCAUUAAUUAGUUCAUAAAAAUCUAUAUAUAUGACUUUUUUGUUUACACAAGUGCUAAAGAGUAUCUGUUAAAAAAAAUUCAUAGAAAAAAGUAGAAAAUUAUUGUCGUUAAAAUAAAUAAAGUGUGACGAAAAAAAAUAAUUUUAUAAAAAUGCCACCGAAUGUUACUAGUUUAUCUUCACAUUCUGAAAACCCCCAUGUAAAACAUGAUAUAAUACCAGCGGAAAAUAUAAAAAUAAAUAAAAAACGUUGGUAUGAAUUCGAAACGCCUAUAGUUUGGAGUAAUGCGUUUUUUAUUAUAGGUCUUCAUAUAUUGUGCUUAUAUUACACUAUUACAUUCCCGUAUUUAGAGCGUAAAAUAUUGUGUGUAUGGGUCGUUGUAAUGAUAAUAAUGUCGGGAUUGGGGGUGACGGGUGGAGUACAUCGACUUUGGACUCAUCGUGCAUACAAAGCUAAGAUACCACUUAGGAUUAUUCUUGCUGUCCUGUACUACUCUGCUGGACAAAAUAGAAUUUAUGAUUGGGUAAGAGACCACAGAGUUCAUCACAAGUACACAGACACACUAUCAGAUCCACAUGAUAAUAAUCGAGGUUUUUGGUUCAGUCACGUUGGCUGGUUGAUGUUAAAAAAACGACCGGAAGUGACUCAACGUGGAAAAGGAAUUGAUAUGAGUGAUAUUCUCAAUGAUCCGGUUGUUCAGUUUUUCGACAGAAAUUAUUCUAUACUCAAUGCAUUGUUCGCUUUUGUGAUUCCUGUGUUGAUUCCCGUUUACCUACUCCACCAAGACUGGAAAUAUUCAAUCAUAUCCCAAGUAUUCAUACGUUAUACGUCGACUUUAAACUUCACCUGGUCAGUCAAUAGUUUUGCCCACAUGUUUGGAUAUCACACUUACGAUAAAAAUAUUGAACCAGCUGAGAAUUUACUAGUCAGUUGGGUUGCUGGGGGCGAAGGCUGGCACAAUUACCAUCAUGUAUUCCCGUGGGAUUACAAAGCAGCCGAAUUCAAAAGUGUAUUUUUCAAUGCCACGACCGAAUGGAUUGAAUUGUUUGCUAAAAUUGGAUGGGCCUACGAUUUGAAACGAGCAACUCCUGAGCACAUACAAAAAGUCGUCGCGAGAGCAGGCGACGGAACGCACCCUGUGUACUGAUAAAAAAAAAAAAUUUAAAUAAUAAAUUGCUGUUUAUAAUUUUCGUAUAUCAGUAAACUCUUGCAAGUAUCAAAUGUAUAUAGAACUCAUUGCGUUGCAU